CUUAGCGGAGGUCCUCCGUGGCCGGAAAGCCAGCUUUCUUUCUCCUGCGCCGCACUCACUGCAAUGGCGGAUUACGACUAUGAUGAUCGGGCUUACAGUAGUUUUGGUGGAGGAAGAGGAAGACCGCGAGGUGGAAGCGGCCCAGGGGGUCCCCGAAAGCAGAAGGAGUUGCCCACAGAACCCCCAUAUACAGCAUAUGUGGGGAACCUGCCCUUCAAUACAGUCCAAGGCGAUAUAGAUGCCAUCUUCAAAGACCUGAACCUCAGGAGUGUUCGAUUAGUACGAGACAAAGAAACAGACAAAUUCAAAGGUUUCUGUUAUGUAGAGUUUGAUGACUUGGAAUCCCUAAAAGAAGCCUUGACGUAUGAUGGUGCUCUUUUGGGAGAGCGGUCACUGAGGGUGGACAUCGCGGAGGGCCGUCGGCAAGAGAAAGGAGGCGGGGGCUUUGGGUUCAGGAGGCAGGAUGACAGAGGCCGUGGUGGUUCAAGGGGUCCCAGAGGAGGGGGGCAGGAUUCCAGAGACGACUUCGACUGUUCAGGAGGAGGCUUCAGAGACGAUGACUUCAUGGGUGGACGGAGCCGAGGAGGUGGUCGACCUGGAGAGAGAAGAACAGGCGGUGGCGGCGGGGGGAUGGGACGCUUCAGAGAUGGUCCUCCACGAGGAGGCCCAUCUGACUUCAGAGAGCCUUCAGAGGAGGAACGAGCACAGAGACCAAGGUUACAGCUGAAGCCCCGCACUGUGGCUGCUCCCCUCAACCAAGUCGCCAACCCCAACUCCGCCAUUUUCGGCGGAGCAAAGCCACGUGAGGAGAAAUAAUAAAUCUGUGUGGCAGCAUUAUUCAGGAAGGCCAUACUGGAUCUACUGGCUUUGUUCAACAAAAAUCUUUCAGAAAUAAAGCCACCAUGGGGCAAGCUCAGUGUGAUUCCCCCCCAUCAGCUGCUCCGUAUAAGCCUGCUUCCAACUGGCAAAGAGCAGGCGGCAUAGCAGGUUGGCACCAUAAACAAGCAAGUUGGACUAGAUCUUCACUUUGAUUGUGUUGCCUUUGUGUAAGGGACCCUGCAAUGUGUAUUUUUCCUUUACCAAAGGCAUCUAUUAUAUUACAUUGGUCCCAUUGUUUAUCAUCUGUUCUUGUUUGCUAUUUGGGGGAAAUAAACUUUUAUCUUUAAAAAAAAAAUCCACUGUCUUAAUUAUGAAAUGACUAUGUUGAGCAGCUGUUUUUCUUUCUUAUGUAACUUGUAAAGUUUUGAAAGAUUUUUGAAUAAGCCAGUUUGUUCCAAGUGUCUUUCUGGAAUAGCAGUAGUAUAAGAAAAAAUUGUUUAGCAGAGCACCGUGAACAUGCAGUAGAAUCAGCAAACAUCUUGGUAAUUGCUUACAGUCUUAAUCAUUCUGACAUGCAUUUGUUUGAACUUAUCACAAAGAGGGACAAGAUAUUCAAUAGAUCACUUAGCUUCAGUCCUGUUGUUCAGGCUGUUUUUUUAUGAUGCUUGUUUAAAAACGUAGGAAAGAGCAACUUCUAGACUUCCAUCUACAAUCCAGAUAGCAUGAAAUUGUCACAUUCUGGUCAAAAUUUUACUGGGUAUUACUGUGUAAGCAAUGCCUUUUUCUUACUGUACUUGUUUUUGUUUUCAUACACGGUUUAUGGCAAUAAAAUGUAUCAUUUUACAGUUCUUACAAAUGUGUUGAAAUGGGGAUUGGGAGGGAGCUACUACUUUCAAAGCAGUAUUUUCUCCUGUGUCCUGUCUUGCAUAUGUACUGAAGUAAGGCUACUUAGUUUUUCAAACAAAAACUGAAGGUGGUCUUCUGCAACAUUUUGGUUUGUAAAACUUCACACAACAAAAGUCUAGCCAAAUUUGUCUUCUACCAGGUUUUGGGAGGUCAUUCGAAUAUUGUAGUGUUAUAUUUAAGGUUUCUCAUCACCUGAAAUAAUUUUAGCAAUAAAUCUAUUAACCGUUGCUUUCCAAAGAGUCCAUCACUUUAAAUAGAGGGGUAAGAUCUGUAAUUUUCGUUUAUUAUCAUGCAGUUCCAUUUCAGCUUUUAUUGGUGAUUAUAGCUUUCAGUAAAACUCCAAGUAUUCGAGGCUCCAGCGUAGGUAAUGGACAACAGAGUUUGUGAAUUGCUUUUAAGUUUACAGAUGCCUCCUGUCAAUUAUUUUUAUCUUGUAGGUAGGAUGAAGAGGUUCCUGCAAGUGCUCUAAUAAUGUGUUUAGGGGGAGGGGGAAAUGGAAAUAUAACAAAAGUAAACUGAAAAGGAUUUGGUAUUUUGUGAAUGAUCUUUUAAAUAAAAACAUUAAAUGAC